AUGGACCUUCACCUCGCUCUACGGCCGCGGCCCGGCUGCGGCGGAGUUGUGGUAGAAGCCUCGGCCCUGCUGGCCGGCCGGGACUGGAUGGCUCGCGGCGAGUGCUGGCUUCCGGCCGAGACUACGGCCGGGCUAGUCCCGCUCGACGGCGGCGAAGGGCCGGCAGCCCUCCAUGUCGGCUGGGGCCGGAUAUCCUGCGGAGACAUCCGGUUUCCGGCCAAGGCUGAACCUAAACCUAUCCUGCUCGACGGCGGUGAAGGGCCGGCGGCCUUCCAUGUCGGCUGUGGCCGAAUGUUCCGCGGAACGUCCGAACUUCUCGUCGCCGGCGGCGAAGACCCGGCGGCCCUCCAUAUCGGUUGGGACCGGAUAUCCUGCGGAGCCCCCGGGCUUCCGGCCAAGGCUGAAACAAGCGGCCCGGCUGCAGCGGGAGUUGUGGCAGAAGCCUCGGCCCUACUGGCCGGCCGGGACUGGAUGGCUCGGGGCGACGGGCCUCAAAUGGCUUCGGGCAACCUGUCAAUUUCAAGCCGCUCGUCACGUCGACCGUUAACAGCACCACUGAUGAUUCGUGCCAUCGUGGCGUGGUGGGAAUAA